AUGGCCAAAGGAAAGCACUCUGCUGCAUUCAAUGGAUGGCUGAGGGCUACAUUAGGGGGUAGCAAAAGGAUCAAGAAGCUCGAGAAAGCGAUGCGUGACCGACAACAUAUUUUGGAAACCGGACUAUUAAUUCGAAUUUGCAACAAGAACGACGCGAUCCUUAUCCAACAGCUAUCUAAUUAUGACAAGCUCGAUACGACUUUGCAAGGCUUUAUUGAAGCCCGUUCCCGCAACCAAACGGCCCUCGAACAGCUCAUCAAUAGCGAGUCUGCUGCAGUAAAGGCGCACAUCGAUGGUAAAACGAGAGGACUCGCGCAGUCAUUCAAGGCCGUUGUUUCCUCCGAGUCAAGCCAAGUCCAGGACAAUAUCUCGUCUCAAAUUCAGGAUCUCACACUUUAUCAGACUAGCAAAGAGGAGCGUGAAAGGCUGUUAGGGAGCUUCAGAUAUGAAACACUGAAUGCUCGCCGGAAUCAAAUUCCAACCAACCACGAUGAUACUUUCUCUUGGGUCUUUGACGCUGUUAACGCGGACAACGGCAUUAAUAGCCAGGAUUCGGUGGUGUCAUUAUCUCAUUUACCCCCUAAAACCGGUCAGGUUGGGUUUAUUGAAUGGCUGCAAGCUGCUCAGCAACGUUCAUACUGGAUCAACGGCAAAGCAGGGUCAGGAAAGAGCGUACUGAUGAAGUUCUUGGCCGAGCAUUCACACACCAAGUCCAUCCUUGAUUUGAACGGAAACACCAUUAUCUUAUCCCACUUCCUAAAAUAUUCCCCGCGGAUUGGUCAAACGAAGAACUCCUUGCAGUAA